AUGGGGAUUAUUCGACGACUGCUUUGGCAGCACAUUUUAUUACUGUCCGUGAUAUUAUUUCCCGCCAUUUCGCACGCGGAGCCGUUGGUCGAGGCCUUGAGCGGAUAUCCCGCUCUAUCUCAAUUUCGCUCGCUGCUUCUAAACAAGUCUAACAUUGCUCGCCUGUUGACCGGAGCCUCUGAUAAUUCUCAACGGCUCACAUUUCUCGUUCCUAGUGACGAUGCAUUCGUUGCCUAUCGUGCUACCAACGGCGACUUGGAAAUCGCAGACAUCCCAGAUUUAGAACUGGAAGCUAUCAUGAGAUACCAUAUCCUAUCUCGAAGCUUGCCGGCAGCACAACUCCUCUCUGCACCCCCUAAUCGCCUGGUGAUACCAACCGAUCUUAUGGAGGAGAAGUACAACAAUCGAAGCGCAGGUCCCGCAUUGGACGCUCAAAACGAUGCGGGGGAGAAUAACGACGGACAGGUUGUGAUCAUGAGUCCUCAAUCAGCAGGCAGCUCACGGAAAAGGCAGCAGGAGGAAGUCGAUGUGUUGUCAGGUUUGCACGAAUCUGUCACGGUGACUCUUCUCGACGGGAAAUGGGAUGGAGGCCUGUUUCAUAUGGUUGACGGUCUCCUCACCCUUCCAAGGGUCUGCACGGAGACCAUCGAAAGCGAAGAUCUCACGUCUCUCAGCCUGGCGCUGAGGCGGACCAGCCUUGGACCUGUACUGGACACUUUAAGAAAUGUUACUUGCAUCGGUCCGACAGAUGAUGCCUUUGAGCAAGCAGGCAAUCCCGAUGAAAAAGCAGAAUCCGGCGAUUUGACGAAGGCGCUUACUUUCCACACUCUCACGGAACCGGUUUAUACCAAUUUCCUAGCAGACGGUCAAAUCUUCACAACAGUUAGCAAUGACACCAUCCUGGUAACAGUUAAUGCCACGGGUAUUUUCUUUAACGAUGCCAAAUUGGUCAAGAAGAACGUUUUGACCAACAACGGCGUUAUCCAGGUUGUUGACAGGGUUCGUGCAAUCAUUCUUCUUUUUUGA